AUGACUAACAAAGUCCAUGGAAACUGCUGGCUGGAACCCCUCCUUCAGCGAGUCACCGAGGACGACACUGUGGUGGCUGUGCCCGCGACUGACGUCAUCGGCUGGCAGGACUCUGCCUACCACUUCGAGCCCGCCUGGAACCAGUUCAGGGGCGGCAUGGGUUGGAAUCUCAUUUUUAGCUGGCUUUCUAUGACGCCGCUAGAUGGCAAGGAGAGAAAGACUUGGGCGGAUCCUGUCAAAAUGCCCAGUCUCCUCGGCUGUUGCUUCGCCGUCUCCACAAACAACUUCAACCGUUUGGGCCGCUAUGAUCCAGAACUUCAAAUCUGGGGCUGUGAAGACAUGGAGCUUUCGUUCAAGGCGUGGAUGUGUGGAGGGAGUAUAGAGAUGAUCCCUUGCUCACACGUAGGUCACAUGUUCCGUCUUCGCCUGCCGUUCUCUGUGGGUCAAAACUUUGACCGAACUUUGACCCGGAACUGUCUCAGGGUGGCGGAGGUCUGGAUGGAUGAGUACAGAGAGAUUUACCGUGAGAGGAUAGGGCCACAGAUGAGUCGGAUAGACUUUGGAGAAGUGUCCUCACGUAAAGAUCUCAGACGCCGACUUAAGUGUAAAAGUUUUGAGUAUUACCUCAAAGAUGUCAUCCCAGAGUUGUACAUCCCUGUCAACACAAGCGCUGCAGGAGCGUUCUUUCAGUUAACUAAAGAGCAGCAGAUCCGCAGAGAUGACGGAUGUCUGGACUCUGGUGGCGACCUUGACCUAGUUACGUCCCUGUGCUCAGAGGCUAGAAGUCACUGGGUCUACACAAAGCUGAUGAAGCAGACAAUCAGCCUGCCCACACUGAAAUGGGCCCUCAUGAAGAGGGGCAAGAAAGCAUGGAGCAUCUCGUCUUCGUAA